ACAAUGAAAGGAGUAAAAGAGCAAUCAAGAGGAAAUUUUGGGGAUUCUGGUUUGACCAAGAAUGGUAGUCUCGGAUGAUACCAUAAAAUGUCAAAAAAAGAAAUAUGCUGAAUAAGAAGUUGGCGGGCCGCCAGUUGGACGGCCCUGUUAUUGACCAAACUUGUUGCUUGUGUAGGCAUAUGUAUUUAAAAAGUAUAUACAUAACAAAAAGUUGUUGAAAAUGCUUGGUCAAUGCCAAUUGAACCAUUCAAGAAGGAAGAUAUGCCCUAUUCUUUAUUAUGUGAAAGCUCUUUUGCAACACUCUUUCCAAGAUAUCGGGAAAAAUACAUCAGAGAAUGCUGGCCAUUAGUCAAGAAUGCACUUUCUGAAUAUGGAAUAAAAGCGGAUCUUGAUGUGAUUGAAGGAAGUAUGACCGUGUCCACUACUCGUAAAACAUGGGAUCCUUAUAUAAUUCUUAAAAGUAGAGAUGUUAUCAAGCUAAUAGCCAGAGGUGUGCCUUAUGAACAGGCCAUACGUGUGUUAGAUGAUAAUAUUGGCUGCGACAUAAUUAAAAUUGGCAAUCUAGUAAGGAAAAGGGACAGGUUUGUGAAGCGUAGGCAACGAUUGGUUGGCCCUAAAGGAGCAACUCUUAAGGCAAUAGAGCUUCUUACAAACUGUUAUGUACUAGUGCAAGGAAAUACUGUUUCUGCUUUAGGCCCUUACAAAGGUUUACAACAUGUUCGGAACAUUGUUGAAGAUACAAUGAAAAAUAUUCACCCCAUCUAUAAUAUUAAGGCACUCAUGAUAAAAAGAGAGCUUGCAAAAGAUCCAAAAUUGAAAAAUGAAAAUUGGGACAGAUUCUUGCCCAAAUAUGUCAAUAAAAAUGUCCAAAGGAAACAACCAAAGAAGAAGAGGCCAAAGAAAGAAUAUACGCCAUUCCCACCACCUCAGCCUGAGAGCAAAAUGGAUAAACUUCUUGCUUCUGGAGAAUAUUUCUUGAAAGAAGAAGAUCGCAAGAAGAAGAAGCUUACUGAGAAGAUGGAGAAGAAAGCAGAAGCAGAAAAGAGGAGACAAGAAAAGAGAAACAAAUCGUUCAUACCACCUGAAGAAAAGCCGUACAGGAAAAAACAGACAUGACUUACAUCAAACAAUGCAUCUAUUUGUACAUAUUUACUUGUAUAAUGAUUUCCAGUCUUCAUUAAAAGUAUUGUUAUUUUA